AUGCAAAACUCCACCAUGCAGCUCCGCACAGUUCUCGCGAGGAUGCCAAAACUGCCCGGCCUCCAGGGCGGCUCUCACUCCCAUCCUGCCCGAGCUCGAACUGCAGUGCUAACGCCUGUGUGGCAGUCGGUAGCUCUGCAGUUCGAGCUCGGGCAGGAUGGAAGAUGGGAGGUCCCGAAGCUGGCUGGUCCUCGGGCAGCACAGUCGACCACCGUGCUUGAGCUUCACGAGCCUUCGAGGAAGGUGUGCUUUACCAAGCGGAGCUUUGCUAUGCUCAACGCCACACCCUUCUCGCCCACCUUAGCAGCCGCACCUCCCAUUACGUUCUCUGCCCGCGACGCAUCUCACACUGUUCGAGUGAAGGCAAUCCUUGGAUGA